AUGAUCUCUUACAUUCUUGGAGUCGCCAAACAUCGAAAACAGACGCCCCACCCCCUGACUCAGCGCCUACCGGACUUCUCACCAAGCCUUUCUCCCCCUUUUCCGCUCCUCCUCAAGCCUCGGAAGCCGGAGAAGGGAACAGGCAGCUUGCGGAGCGCUCAGGUAGGACCCAGCAGACUUCAGCUCCUCCAGGAUGUUGACGGCGUUUUCUCUCACUGCUGCUUCCUGUGGCUGCCUGCCUGUGCCGUUUGUAAUCAGGAAGACUCGGAUGGCUCCCAAGGCUUGCACAUGCUCCAGGUCUCCUACUUCCCAGACCCCCAUCACGUGAGGCAUCAGGGCAACGCCACGCUGGGGAAACUCCUGACGCACACGCUGGAAGGCCCUUUGGAAGGUCCUUUGGAAGGCCAGAGCAACAACGUCACCAUCCUCCAGCUGCAACCCUGGCAGGAUGCGGAGAGCUGGGCUCGUACAAAAAGCGGCCUGAAGCUCUACCUUUCCCAGUUCCGCAGUCUGGUCCAACUGGUGUAUCGUGAGCGCAGGAGCAGCGUAGGCUUUCCCCUCACAGUCAGUUGCUCCCUGGGCUGCGAGCUGCCCGCCAAGGAGGGCUCCGAAGAAGCCCACGUCUACUUCGAUGUGGCUGUGAACGGAAGUGCCUUUGUCAGUUUCCAACCAAAGUCCGCCUUGUGGGUAACAGGCUCCCAGAAGCCCUCUGAAGCAAUCACUUUCACCCUGAAGCAACUCAAUGCCUACAAUCGAACUCGGUACGAAUUGCAGGAAUUUCUCCAGGACACCUGUGUCCAGUACUUGGAGAGCCAUCUCGCCACGCAAAACAUGAAAGGGAGCCAAACAGGCCGCUCUUACACCUCGCUGGUCCUGGGCAUCCUGAUGGGCUGUUUCAUCAUAGCCGGUGUGGCAGUGGGCAUCUUCAUGUGCACAGGUGGACGGCGUUGCUAAUUACUCUCCAGUCCCCUCGGAGAAAAAGGCUGGACCGAAGGGGGCUUGGUAAGGGAAGGUCGCAGCUCAUAUGAAGGCAACCUGACUCCCCCGGCGGGCCACCAUAUCUCAGGAGGUUUAGU